AUGCAAACAUCCUCGUUCUUGGCUUGGUCGAACGCCCCAGGCGCAUCUCUUCAAGAGUUUUUCGGACGAGGACUGCCAGAGCUUGGAUUUCCAGAGCCAUCCCAACAGCUGGCGUUCCAUUCGGGAUCCCAGCCACUCUGUCCGACGGGCACCUCCUCUCUAAUAAUCUUCGAUCUCUCAGAAGCCGAGCAGCGAUCGACACUCAAGAACCAAUUACUCUCAUCAUCAAAGAUCACUCAAGAAUACAAUUCGCUCCCAGAGCCGUCGAGGUUCUGGACGGACCAUUUCCCAAACUCCUUGGCCGACCGCUGGUCCUCCGAGCUCCCAAUGAUUUGGCCCAGCUUGUGUCAUGGUCAAGUGAAGAUCACUAAACUCAAAAUCGGGGAAGAUUUGGAUGCAGCAUUUCGGAAAGCAACUCAAGAUCUAGAUGAACCACGACUAGUUAUCUUCACCACAUCACCACCCCCUCUCGACACGAGCCCAUCGAACGUGAUAGACAAACGUGGCCUACCGGAUAUCAUGGCGGAGAACAGCAGCAGGAUUCCGUUGUCCGCGGAGAGCCUUCCGGGCCCAAAGACCGGCGUAUUCUGGCGAUACAGCUUCCUAUCCGAUUACUUGAUCGUCGGAGUCCUCGUCAUGCUCUUGCUCUUCAUCCCCCCCGUCGUCUUGGGCUCCUUUGCCCUCCAAUCCAUCGAAUCUCCCAAAGGCUUGAAAACUAAAAUGGUCGGCCAAGUCAGUGAAGUCAAAGGAAACUGA